GAUGAAGAAGACACAGAGGUAAACAAUGUCUCUUACACGAAACCCUAAAUCAUUAACCUCUCUACUCAACUGGGUCUCCCGCAAAGUCUCCAUCUUUAAACCCCAACCCUCGAUAAACCCUAGAUCCCUCACCACUGGAGCAGCAACAACACUCGACAAAGCCACCACCUCGAAACUCCCCAGAAACGAGAUUCGCAGAAUGGCCCAAGUCGCCAUGUUCGACUACUUCUACAACAACAGAGGCUUACAGUUCCUAAUCGCCGAGAGCAUGAGCCAAAACGCUCCUCUCUUCAACGACAAUCUCCUCAAGAAGCUACACAGUAGUAAUGACGCUUAUGCCUCUGCUUCUUGUGGUGAGGAAGUGGUCAGAACCAUCACCAGGUUCCUCCUGUACCACCCUGUGAACGAGUUCGAGCCUUUCUUCGAGAGUUUAGGGUUGAAGCCGUCUGAGUUUAGUCGUCUUGUGCCUUGUGAUAAGAUGUUUUUGAGUGAAGAUGUGUUUCUGUUGGAGAAUUAUCAUGUGUUUUGGAACUAUGGGAUUGAUAGGGAGAAGAUGGGGAAGAUUUUUAAGGAAGCUAGGGAGGUGUUUGGGUAUGAGAGUGGGGUUUUGGUUUCAAAGAUUCAGGGUUUUGAGGGUUUGGGGUUUAGUAAGUUUUUUGUUUCUAAGCUUAUUGUUUGUAGUCCAAGGAUAUUGAUUGGGGGUGUGGAUGUAGAGGUGGUUAGGGUUAUAGAGAUGUUGAGAGGGAUGGGGUUUGGUUUGGAUUGGGUGGAGGAGAAUUUAUCUGAGGAAGGAUCUUAUGAUUGGAGAUGUGUUUAUAGGUGUUUAAGCUUUCUUAGAGAGUUGUGUGUUGAUGAGAGUGAGCUAUGUGAGUUAAUCAAGAACCGGCCAGGGCUUGUUUUUGAGGACUCAGGGGAAUGGACUUUGGUUUUAGCUGGGUUUCAGACAAAGCUAGGGUGUUCAAGAAAGGAGUUAGCUUCUUUGUUUCUGAGACUUCCGGAGAGUCAGGAGCUACGGAAGUGUGUUUCGAAUCUCAGACAUUGUUUAUUGUUUUUGGAAGGUAUUAAGAUGGAGGCUUAUGAGAUUGGUAAGAUUUUCCGUAGUCACUCUCAUUGGCUUGGGGUGUCUCGUUUGAAGCACACUAGUACAUUUCUCAACACUUUGAAAGGUGGGAAGAAGCGGCUGUGUCAAGUUAUUCAAGAGAAUCCAGAGGAGAUGAAGAAAUGGAGUAUGGGGUUAAGAGUCCAGCCAUUACCAGGGACUGGAGUAGUAGACAUAGUUGGUUCAAAAGCAAUGAAGACUCAGUUUUUGUUGGAGUUGGGGUAUAAGGAGAACUCAGAGGAGAUGGAGAAAGCACUGAGGUGUUUCCGUGGGAGAGGGUCUGAACUCAGGGAGAGAUUUGAUUUCCUUUUGAGUUUGGGUUUGAAUGAGAAGGAGGCUAAAGAUAUGGUGAGGACAUCUCCUGAUGUUCUGACACAGGCGAGUGAUGUGUUAGAAGCAAAGGUUAACUACCUUGUGAAUGAAUUAGGUUAUCCGCUUUCGACUUUGGUGGCUUUUCCUUCGUGUCUUAAGUACACACUUGAGAGGAUGAAGCUUAGAUUUGCAAUGUAUUAUUGGCUUCAAGACCGUGGAAAGGCGGCUUCGAAGCUUGCGAUAAGUACUAUACUUGUGUACUCGGAUAAGUCCUUUGUGACGAGAUUUGUAAACCGUCACCCGGAUGGUCCUAAGCAUUUUGAGGAACUGAAGAAAACUGCUACUCUGUGA